AUGCACAUCUCUCUUCUCCCGGUCUUGUUCGUCUCCGGCGCCGCGGCGCUCGGAAUCAACUGCCGCGGCUCCGGAGUCUGCUUCUUCAACGACGCCUCCCUGCAAGCCGUCCACAACCAGGUCGGCAACAUGAUCGCCGCCGGCGGCGGCAACCGCUACUACUGGGACGGAGGCAAGCGCGCCGUCGUCCCCCGCGGAGCCCUGCAAAUCGCCUGUUCGCAGGGCUCCCAGGGCAGCGUCUGCGCCUUCUACCAGAACGGCGCCUCGGGGUACGCCUGGGACGCCUACGCCCAGAUCCAGGGCCUGCUGGACCACGGGUGCCGGCAAUGCGGCUCGAUUCCUACCCUGCCGGGCAAUGAUGUCAACACGGGCGAGCUCACCGUCAACUAUGUCAGGAACCCGUGCUGCCUGGGCGACUGCUACUGCUAA